AUUAUUGAGAAAUAAUUACAAAAUUUAACAAUAAUUCAUUCCAUUCAAUUAAUUAAUAUUACUGUUAAAUAUUGAAAAAAAAAAAAAAAAUCUGAAGUUCCACUCGAAUCCAUCAUGGAUAGUGUAGAAAUCAUUUGUAAUGGUGUAUCUAAAUUAACUAUUUCAAAAUCUAUUGUGAUGGAAAACAGUGAAGUCCUACGUUCCAUUAUUGAAAACUAUCCAGAAAAUACACCAUGCCGAAUUUCUACAGACUUUACUUAUUCAAACAUGGUAAAAGUCAUUAAAUACAUGGAAACAAAAGAGGUAGAAUUAAUUUCUUUCGAAGAAGGAAUUGAAAUAUAUGAAAUCGCUCGAAACGCUAAAAUUGUUGGUCUUCAGAGUGUCUGUCGUACAUAUUUGAUUCAAACAAUGGAUGUUUAUUCUGUCUGUAAUGUAUAUAAAACUGCUCGUAAACAUGGUGAUUUAUUAUUACAAUAUAAUUGUUGGAAAACAUUUUCUUCCACCAUGUCAGAGAUGGUUAAGAAUGCAUUCAUAAUCUGUGAUGAUGAAACACUUUACAGAAUUGUUUCGCGUCCAAUAUAUGAAGAUUUAUCAGAAAUAGAAUUGUUCGAUGCUUUAGUUACUUGGGCAAAACUCAAAAUUUCACUUCUGGAUACUAAAAAUGAAAAUAAAAAAGUGUUUGGCGAAAGGAUUCGAAAGUUUAUGGAACCGCUUCUCCCUAACAUCAGAUUUUUGGCAAUGUCUUUAGACGAAUUAAAACAACGUGUAUUCCCGUUAUGCAUUUUAACAGAUAAUGAAGCAAAAUCAAUCGAAUCUUAUUUUACGAACAAAAAUUUAACUAACUACCCAAAGAAUUUUUCCUGGAAUAACUAUCAAAGAAAGAAAGAAACAUAUACCUCAUUAUUCCUCUACAGACACCGGAAAAGUCCAAGCACUCGAUGUGAAAAGAAGAUGAUAAAAUUUACACAAUUCACAUGCGAAGUACAAGUGAAAAAUGAUUGCUUCAUAGUUGGCAUAUCUCUUCCCAUAAAGUAUACAUCCGCGCAAGAGAAAACUGUAUUCGUGAAUGGCUACGUGGAUAAAGAAGAAAGUGACAUAACCACUCAACAAUCUUUUUGCGAUCGCCAUGGAAAAGUAAAUUUUUCUGAAUUAAUAUAUUUAAAGAGCAAUUCGAUUUGCCGAUUAUUAGCCAACAUUGUGGAUACUAAAGUCGCGGAACAGAGCGAUAUAAUAAUUUUAGAAGAAGCUGAUUUUUUUUCUUCCGAUAAAGAUCAAACGAAAGAAGACAUUUUCGAUAAUAUAUAUUUCGAUGUAAAGCUAUAUUUUUAAAAGAGGAUAGACCUAAUUUAAUUUUCAUAACUUUUUUACUUGUGUAACAAAAAUUCAAACAGAUAGCAAAAGUUAUCUUAAUAAAAUUA